UCUGCUGUGCACUACAGAGAAUCCUACAGCAGCACAGGGCACUAGACAAUCAGCAUAACUGAAAAAGUUAGUGAAUAAAAAUAUCAGAUAGACAGUAGUUUAUAUCAUGCAUUUAUAAUAAUUGACUUUGUGGAGCAGUAAUAAGAGGCAUUUUAAAGGAAUUUAAAAGCAAAGUUUUUUUUAAAUACACGACAACCAUUUUAGAAAUAUAUUUCCUUAUAUAAAAAAGUUGACAUGGAAUUAGAAAACCUGACGGAGCUGCUGGAGUGUUUGAGCUCCGUGAACAGCACUUUUCUCAAUGGGAGUCUGGAGCUGAGCGACACUAACGGCACGUGCGGAGGAGAAGAGCACUUUAUUCCCAAAGAGCGGGCUGCGCGAGCGAAAGAAAUGGAUUCAGUGCGAAUACUGCUCUAUUCCCUGAUAUUUUUCUUCAGUAUCUUUGGCAACCUGCUCAUCAUUGUGGUUUUAGUGGUAAAUAAGCGAAUGCGGACGGUCACCAACUCCUUUCUCCUCUCGCUGGCUGUCAGUGAUUUGAUGAUGGCUGUAUUUUGCAUGCCCUUCACCUUCAUCCCAAAUCUGUUGGAGGACUUCAUCUUUGGAGCUGCCAUGUGCAAGAUUGUGGCCUAUCUCAUGGGAAUUUCCGUUAGCAUAUCCACCUUCAGUCUUGUGGCCAUAGCAAUUGAGAGAUACAGUGCUAUCUGUAAUCCUCUGAAGUCCCGGGCCUGGCAGACCCGUUCCCAUGCAUACAGGGUUAUUGCUAUGACUUGGGUUCUGUCUUUCCUCAUCAUGACCCCAUACCCAAUCUUCUCCUCACUUGUUAGCUACUCCAAACCCAACAACAUCACCAUCCAUAUGUGCCGCCACGAUUGGCCCAAGGACCAGAUGAAGCAGGCUUGGUGCAUCUUGUUGCUGUUGAUCCUUUUUGUCAUACCUGGGGUUGUGAUGAUCAUUGCUUAUGGGCUCAUCUCCCGGGAGCUAUAUUGUGGAAUACAGUUUGAACUUAAGCAGAGGAAAGGACAUAGUGCAAUGAAGAAUGGCACAACUGCCACCUUCUCAUCAAGCACUGAUCAUAGUGAUGGUUGCUACAUUCAGGUAUUAAAGCGACCCAACUCGAUGGAGAUGUCCAUGCUCACGCUGGCCGCCGCUGGCCAGGUAGACCGUCCUCGCACCAACACCUCUGAGACUAAACUUAUGGCCAAAAGGCGUGUGAUCCGCAUGCUGAUCGUCAUUGUAACCAUGUUCUUCAUCUGCUGGAUGCCUUUGUAUUCCGUUAAUACCUGGAAGGCCUUCCAUCCACCUUCUGCCCACAGGGCUCUCUCUGGAGCCCCAAUCUCCUUCAUUCACCUCCUGUCCUACACAUCUGCCUGCAUCAAUCCCAUCAUCUACUGCUUCAUGAACAAGCGCUUCCGCAAGGCUCUGCUAACCACAUUCUCCUGCUGCUGCCGAUCAUGCCACCAACGGAACUUUAAUGAGGGAGAAGAUGAUGUCACUGCUACUGGAGCAUCAGUGUCUAAGUUUAACUAUACCACCAUCAGCACCAUGGGACCAUGUUAAACAAACAAAAAAAAAAAGGUAGCUUGAUUUUCCUUAGGAUAGACAGAGACAGUAAUGGAGAAGGUACAGUGGAUGAUUUUGGACUUGGACUGAUGGAGACCUCAGAUUAUUGAAAAUGUUUCAAAUGAAUAGACCUAGGUUCAACUUUGCAGUGGUUAAGGAUGUGCUGCUCUGUGACGAUAAUUCUGUAGUAUUAACAGUAAUAUCAGCAUGCUACGUCAUCAGUUAUUGUUGUUUUGUAUUUUGUAAUUGAAUAUACUAUUAGAUAUGUAUAGUUUGAUUAUUGCUACAUAUAUUUUAGUGCACUUACAGUAAUGUUGUUCUGGUUUUAGUUUUUUAUGCAUUCAGUGAGAUAAAUAACUGAAUUAAAACAAAGUUAAACAGAUGGGUAAAAAAAUUAAUAACUGAGUAAAGAAAGAUAAAAAGUAAAGGUUCUUCUAGACAGGUGUACUGCAUAGAAAAAUUGAAUGAGUUACCAACCUGCCAUGCCUUUUGGCAAGUUUAAAAAUGCUAACCAGAUGGUCUUGAUUUUGCAUCAAGAAGGCAAAAGAAAAAAAUCUGUGACCUUGAAGUUGGGGCUCAGAGAACAGUAACAAAUCUUGAUCAAUUGUCUUAACAGCGACUGUAACAUAGUGACAUCUAUGGAAUAGACAUUAAUGUAUACCGUAUGUUGAAAAUAAAUGUGAUUGCAUAUUACAGAUACAUGACAUGAAAUGUGACUUACUGCUACAAUAAAUACUAUAAAUGAUUCAGUUGUCCAAUAAAUAAAAAUAUCACAGUGACCCUUUCAUCUGUACAACUGGCAUUUUUGCCAAGAUACUAAAGAAAAUCGUGAUAUCUUGAUUUUCUGGUAAUUUUCUUCAUGCACCCACUGGUUGUGGGACCUUAUACUGUGCAUUUCUGGGUCGGGGUAAUUGUAUAAUGAUUUAAAUGGUGAUUUAUGGCUGCUUUUGUGUGUUUGGUUUUUAAUUCCAAUGUUGCAUAUCUGUGCAUUAAAAGUAUUAUUGCAAACCCUCCACCAUAGCAUAUCUUGCAAAGAGCACAAAAAAGAAAAAAAAAUGUAGGAGAAAUUUAUAUGAUAAGACACGUCAUACUAUUUCUCAACAGGGAGGUUAAAAAAGUGGCAACAUAUUUAGGGGAUGCCAGAACAAGUUUGAUUAAAUACCAUUGAUUUUAGGUGUUCAGAUUUUGAUCACUGGGUAAUGUAUGUCCUCUUUUUUGUACAUAUAGCGUAAGUUAAUUUGUUUUUCUCAUACAUAACACUGCAUUUA